AUGACAGCAAGAGAAUUGUCAACUGAAAUUCCAAUGAUGGUAAAAAGAUCAUUUCCAGAAGAUGACAAUGAUGAACAAAUCAUUAUUAUUUGUUUUCAUCCAAAUAAUCAAAUCGAAGAUAUGAAGAAGCAAUUACAUGAAAUGAAUGAUCAUGUUGUAUUCCAUACAGAAUUGGAAUCAUGCAUUUCUUUCAUUCAAUCAAUUGAAAAUGAAAAAAUCUUCUUGAUUAUUUUUGAUUCUUAUGCUUGUGAAUUGGUAUCUCAUAUUGAUAUUUUUCAACAAGUACAUUCAAUCUUUAUUUUUUAUACAAAACCUGAAGACUUUAAAUAUUUAUUUCAUGAACAAUUAAAUAUAAUUGGAGUUUAUCAUCGAUUGGAUUUUUUCUAUUCAGCUCUUGAAGAACAAAUUAGUGUAAUAGCUGAACAAUUUUUCCAGUGGGCAUUUUAUGAUCAAACAAAUUUCUCUAAACGAGAUUUAUCAAAACAAUCAAGUGAUUUUCUUUGGAUGCAAUUAUUUCAUGAUGCGAUUUCAUAUUUUCCUCAUGAUGAACAAGCAAAAGAAGAUAUGAUGAAUAUCUUCCGUCUUUAUGCUGAUGAAAAAUUAUAUCAAUCUAAUGAUGCUAUUCAAUGGUAUUUAAAUAAUUCAUUUCUUCAAAAAUUAAUAACAAAAUCAUUGCAAAGAAAAGACAUCGAUCAACUCUAUCAAUUAAGAUAUUUUCUUGUUGAUCUUAUCGAAAAUUUAACUCGUGAAUGUCAUACAGGAAAUGUUGUUAUGUAUCAACAAAUAAAAUUAUCAAAACAUGAAUUAAAUCAUUUCAGACAAAAGCAAGGACAAAUAUUGUCAAUGAAAGGAUUUCUAUUAGUAAAGCAAGAUAUUGUAUUACCACAACGAUCGGAUUUAGUCGAUGUUCACUUGGAAAUUAAAUGUAAUAUAAAAGAAUAUCAGAAUAAAAACGAAAUUUUAUUUGAUUUGAAUACAGCAUUUCAAUUGGAAAAUAUCGAAGAAAAUGACCAAAAAAUUCUUAUUCGAUUAACUGCAGUUAAUUAUGGACAAAUGAUUAAAGAAAAAUACCUCAAAGAUACACAUCGACAAAUAGAAAAUUUAAGUAUUCCAAUUAUUUUUAGUAAACUAAUGUGUGAUAUGAAUGAAUGGAAUCAAGCAAGAAAAUAUCUUCAAUAUUUAUUAAUCCAUUCAAAUGAACAAGAUUUACCAUGGACUGAAUAUUUUAUUGGUGAGACUUUCUAUGAAAUUGGACAAUUGAAUGAAGCACGAUUAUGUUAUGAUCGAGCGAUUAAAAGUAAUAAAAUUAAUCUUCAAGAUUCGUCUGUAGUUCUUUCUGCUAUUGGUAAAGUUUUAUAUUCACAAGGAAAAUAUGAAGAAGCAUACGAUUUUUAUCAACAAGCGUUGACAAUUCAAAAACAAUUUUACCCUUCGGAUCAUGCACAUAUUGCUAAUAGUUUAGAUGAUAUUGGUCUUGUUUUCGGCAGAAGAUUACAAUAUCAUCAAGCUCUUGAUUUUCUUCAACAAGCAUUGGAAAUUCGAGAGAAAUAUUAUGAACAUUUUCAUGUUGAUAUUGCUAUUAGUUUGCACAAUAUUUCUGAGAUAAUAAUUGAUCAAAGAAAAUAUGAUCAAGCAUUGGAGUAUCAAAAACGUGCAAUGUCCAUCUGCAAGGAAUAUUAUCCAUCAAAUCAUACAUAUAUAGCUCUUUUACUUUUUCGUAUUGGUAGUAUUCUGUAUCAUCAAGAAAUCUGUGAGGAAUCUCUAAAUCUCAGUCAACAAGUAUUAACAAUAAUGAAAAAAUUGCGCUCGUCAGGUCAUCUCGAUGUCGCUUGCACUUUGACACAUAUCGCACAUAUUAGAUAUGGACAAGGAAUGCAUGAGGAAUCUUUACAAUUAUAUCAACAAGUAUUAGCAUUAUUAAUCCAAUAUUAUUCAUCUGAUCAUUUAGAUAUUGUUCAAACUUUGAUUAAUAUUGAUCAUACACUAUUAUACGGAAAAGAAAAUUCUGAAUAA